AUCCUAACCAAAUACUUCGAAGUAUGCGCCAGUUGCUUGUGGUGACCAUGGCGACACUGACGUCGGCACUUGCAUACAACGAACGCACCACCGUCCAUUUGGUCUUCAGCACAGGCUGCGACCAAACACACCGGCAAUUCCUGUCGGCGAGUCUCCAGCUGUCCUUGGUGCGAGUGCAACAUGUGGGGCCGUUGACCGAGAUCAUCUCUGGCUGUUCGGCCGAAAAGCAAGCGUCGAUCCAGGCCCAGGCAAAGUACUACCCCGACUACCGACUGCACUUUACAAGGGACUAUGCCAAGUACGAAAGUGUUAACUUCACCGAGCGUUACGACCCGUACAACAAACCGUUUGGCCUCCGCGACUUUCUCCAUCACAGCGCCACCCCAGACAACUUAGCCGUGGCCUUCAUCGACGCCGACUACAUGCUGUUCAAGCCCCUGCGCAUCAACACAGGGGCCAAGUGGGCCAAGUACUACCAGAACACAACCCUGCGGCGCGCCGAAGACAUCAGCGACACGGUCGAGAACGGCGUCGCAUUGGCGCAGAACAUGAAGGCGUUUCUAGGCGGGCGAUGGUACAACGACAUCAAUCGCACGAUACUGAACCUCGUAUGUGGCGACAAUCCUUGUGCGUCCGUGUCCAGUGCCGACGCGUUCGAGUUCUUUGAGCCGUCGGGCACGCCGUACAUUCAAACUCGGCACGACUGGCUACAUGUAGUGGAAGACUACUGCAACUUUACAGUCAAGGGAAGAGAAGUGUCGAAAGAUGACUGGAUGGUCGAGAUGUACGCGUACGGAGCUGCCACUACCAACCACAACGUCAAGCACACGCUGUUGCAGCACCUAGGGCCAGCCACCCCAGAGUUUCUGAAUACAGAGUACUGGAACUUUAUCGAAGAAGACAUGGACAAUCCAUGCUUGGAUCCGUUUGAAGUGGAACUGCCAUUCGACCCCCCCGUUGGCAUCCACUACGCCAUGUACUAUGGCCUCCCCGACAAGAUCGAUGCCGGCUACAUGUACUACAAGUAUCGCAUUCCCAAAGAUAUUUUGAAGUGUGAUAGCCAGCUCUUCAAACUCCCCCCGCCUUCCGAGUGGACCGACAUUGACCGGCUAUACAAAGACGACCCGAAGAAGCGGCAGUGGAAGCGCCAUGCUGUGUGGCUCCAGUGCACGUUGAUCAAGUAUGGCAACCAGGUGCUACAGACCAUAAAGGAAAGGAUGUGUCCACUUGGAUUCAACUCCCAUCAAGGCAUUGUCUUGCAUGCCAAGGACACACCUGCCACCGCCUUCCCAACCCCGUGAUAUACGAUCUACUGGCUAAUAAUACAUACACUAGUCCACACUUGUUC